GGCUUUCUUUUAGAUUGUCUUAGCUACCUGUCUGUAGCUUCAGCGAGACCAACACUGUUUUGCCUUGGCUCAUCUUCCAACCACUCACUUUGGCUCCAAAGGAUCACAACCACCAUCACAUCUGUUUAUGCUUACCAGACCCUUUACCUCUUUUAAGACUGCUGUUGCUGCUAUUGACUCAAAUGACCUCAGUUCAUCAUCCCCAAAUCCUCCUGACAAGCAACAAGCCAACAAGUAUUAUUUUGUUGUUGCAAAUGCCAAAUUCAUGCUGGAUGAAGAGGAGCACUUUAAGGAGCUCUUGUUUGAGCGCCAUCGUAAUUAUGGGGAGCGUAAUAAAGAGCAGGAUUUCUGGCUUGUGAUUGAGCCCAAGUUCUUGGACAAAUUCCCUAAUAUUUAGCAAGAGGUUAAAGAGACCUGCAGUUGCUCUAGUUUCAACUAAUGGUCCAUGGAUAACGUAAGAAACCCUUCAAACCCGUACUCUGAUUUCAUUUUGUUUUCUUUUAUGCUUUGCAAAUUGCAUAGUCUUGCCGGCAUAGCAUCCCAUCUUGUUGAAUACUUUUGAAAGCUUGCUAUAGCCGAACACUUGAUAUUCCGUAAAACUCCACACAAUAGAUUGGAACUUCUUGCAUUUGAGCAUAAAUUUUAUGGUGCGAGUUAUUGUUAAUA